CCCCAACAACCCGCACCGCACCCGACGACGACCUCAUGACCCACUCGUCGACAUUGUGACAGCACUCUUCUCCGUCUCAUCGUGAUGCGCAUCGGCCCCCUCGCGCGCGCGGCGGCGCGUUCAGCAGCAGCAACGCGCGCCUCGGGCUCUUCUUCGUCUGCCAGCCCCAGCCGCAGCCGCAGCCUGCACGACUUUGUGCGCGGGACAACACCAGACGGGACCGUGUACAAGGUCCCGCUCAACUCGCCCAAGGUCGUCGGCGUGUACAGCUCGCGCGGGCAGCGCGCAUACCAGGAGGACGCGACAGCCGUCCACGCCCUCGAGAUCGCUGUCACCGAGCUGCAGGCUUCAUUGCCGAGCAAGGCGCCCAAGUGGGACCCGGCAAAGGCAGGCGGCGAGGCGCUGGCCAAGCAGGUCGGCUUCUUUGCCAUCUUUGACGGGCAUGGCGGCCGCUCAGUCUCCAGCUUCCUGCACUCGCGUCUCGCGGAGAUUGUCGAGACGUGCACGCCUGCCGAUAUCCCCGCCGUUGUGGAGGAGACGGUCGAGCUGGGCGGAUACUUUCGCCGUUGGCGCGGCGGCGCAUUGCAGCGGUAUACCAAGUGGGCCAUGUCCGAGCCCGCGCCCGUGACGGAGCCCAUGACGCUCGAGGAGCGGUUGACGCUCGCGUUUCUCAAGGCCGACCAGAUGCUGCGGAAAGAGAUCGAAGACGGCGCCGAGCACACGGGCUCGACGGCGUCCGUCGUGCUCCUCCACUCGCUCGACGAGCCGGGCCAGCCGCACUGGGCCGCGAGGAAGAUCCACCUCACCGUCGCGCAGGUCGGCGACACGCGCGUGCUGCUCUGCAACAAGAAGACGGGCGAGGCCAAGGCGCUCACUGACCGCCACCAUGCGGAGAGCCGUAUCGAGGCCGACCGCCUGCGACGGAUGGGCACGGACAGAUUGAUCUCGGACAGCUUUGGCGAGACGCGCUGGAUGGGCGCGAUUGAGAAUACUAGAGGCUUUGGCGACUUCGAGUUCAAGUCGUCGGGCGUUACAGUAGAGCCAGAAGUGCGGACAACAAUCAUUGACGGCGCCGACAACUGCUACCUCAUCUUCGUGACGGACGGCCUGACGUCGCUCCUCUCGGACCAGGAGCUCGUCGACCUUGCCCGGCGAUCAAUAGACCCGACGCGCGCCGCCAAGACGAUCGUGCACUUUGGCGAGGACCUCGCCGCGCAGGACAACUGCACGUGCAUUGUCGUGCCGCUCGCCGGGUGGGGCGAGGUCGGUGGCGAGGACUCGACCGCCGCACGGCGCGAGUACCGCCGCCAACAAGCCGACAUGCUCAGCACAAGGAUGCAGCGCAUGUGUACGAUUAGAUCCCAUAUCUGUUUCCAAGCAUUACAUGCAUGUGGUUUUUGGCUGGAGCGCAGCGAGACUGUGAUGGUCUGGUCGCACUGCCACGGCGCCACUCGGUCGCCGUGUCGGAUUCAGGUCCCGUGCAGCCAGCCAGGUCGCUGGUGCCAAAACGUCACUGUUGCACCUGCUGGCUGCAGCACGUCACGACGACCGACGAGACAAUCAAUCACCUCGCCAUCACACCACACAACAACCAUCACAAUGGACGAGGAAGAGUCCUUUGCGCGCCUGCUAUCAGCGUCGACACCAGCGCACAGGCCAUCGCUGUACAGCAACUCGACGGCCGAGGCGGACCCAUGGGCGAACCCGUUCAACGAGAGCGCACCGUCGUGGGGCCCGCCGCCGCCGGCUGCGUCACAGCAGCACGAGCCAGAGCCAGAGCCAGAGCCAGAGUACGCCGGCUUUGGGGGGUUCGCAGCGACCGUGCCCGACCCGCCGUCGGUCAUCGCUGCGCGCGAGCGCGAGGAGCUCGCGCGCCAGUCGCAGCCUGCCAGCCCCGAGGCGUACCCCGCCGAUCCGUACGCGCCGAGCGGGUUCGUGUCCCCGCCGCGCACCUCACCGACGGCCGGCCUCGGCCGCUCGGCAGCCCGCUCGCCCCCCACAUCGCCCUCCAAGCCCCCAGUAGCGGCGGCGCCCCGCGCACUGCCCGCCGGCCUGAUUGACGAGGAGCUGCUCGCCCAGAGCGACCCGCACGCGAGCCUCAAGCGCGCGUUCGUCGCCUCUGCCCCGGCGGCAGCGGCGGCGUCGACGCCGGCCUCCGCCGCGCCGCCGACACCAGAGAAGAAGGGCACGUACGUCUUCCGCCCCAAGCCGGUGGACACGAAGCGCCGGCUGCCGACCGACCCCACCGCCGUGCCGCUGCCUGAUUCGGCGGUGCCCUCGAGACCCGACACGCCGGUGGCUGCGGGCGCGGCUGUGCCGACGCCGGGCGAUCGCGUGUCCGUGUCCCCGCUCGAGAGCGCAGCGGCCGACGACUACGGGUUCCAGAGCCUCGCGAUCGGCGGCGCGACGAACGGGAUCGCGGCGCGCAUCGGCGGGCGGGGAUGGGGCGCCGUCGACGCCGACGAGGGCCCGCUCGCGGGCGGCAGCGACCCGUGGAACGAGGGCGGUGGAGGCUGGGGCGGAGAGCAGGACAGGGAGUCCGAGCCCGAGCCCGAGCCCGCUGCGCCGAGCCCGACCGGCUCGGGGCCGUCGCGCGUCCAGGCCCGCGAGGGCUCGCUGCCCGGCUCGCCGCGCCGCUCCAAGCUACUCAGCACGCCCGUGUUCCAGAUCACCGUGUCGAACCCUACGAAAGUGGGGGACCCGGUGCGCGGGCACGUCGUGUACACUGUCCAGACGAAGACGACGUCGCCGCACUACCGGCGUGGCGAGUUCAGCGUGCUCCGCCGCUUCUCUGAUUUCCUGUGGCUGUACGAGGCCCUGCUGGCGAACAACCCCGGCGUGUUUGUUCCGCCAGUGCCGGACAAGCAUGUGUUUGGACGCUUCCAGGACCAGUUUAUCGAGACGCGCCGCUCAGCCCUGCAGCGCUGCCUGACCAAGAUCACGUCGCACCCUAUUCUUCAGCUCGACCCAGACCUGCGCCUGUUCCUCGAGUCGGACAGCUUUGCGCUCGACAUCAAGAACCGCGGCAAGCCGCCGACCGAGGCACCACAGAACACUGGCGUGUUGGCCAGCUGGACGGGGCCGCGCUAUGUCGAGCAGGACGACUGGUUCGACCAGAAAAAGCUGUACCUCGACCACCUCGAGACGCAGCUCAAGGGCGUGUCCAAGUCUCUAGAUGUGGCGAGCAAGGCGCGCCUCGAGCUCGCGACCACGGUCGGCGAGUUUUCAGAUGCCGCACAGGCGCUCGCAGAGUCGGACCUCGGCGCGGCAAUGUGCGCUGCGCUCGGCCGGCUGGCGGAUCUCACGAAGAAGGAGCGCACGUUUGGCGAGGAGCAAGCGACGAGCGACGUCGCCCAGCUGCUAAACCUCGCCGACGAGUACGUGCGCUUCAUCGGCAGCGUGCGGCUCGCGUUUGCGUCCCGCGUGCGCGCGUACCACACGGCACAGGCGGCGGAUAGGGAGGUGCAGCGCGUGCGGCAAGCACGCGAGAAGGCGCGGCUGCAGGGCAAGCUGGCCGACCGGGCGGCUGCGUCAAUGGCCGAGCUUGGCGAGGCCGAGCGCCGCUCGCGCGACGCCGCAGCAGACUUUGAGGCCCAGUCCAAGCUCGUCAAGGCCGAGUUUGCUCGCUUCGAGCGCGAGCGUGUCGACGAGUUCCGCAAGACGCUCACCAUCCAUCUCGACGGACAGAUUGCGCGCCAGCGCGAGCUCGUCACUGCGUGGGAGGAAUACCACGCCAUGCUGCUCAAGAUGGUGCACCGCGCCCAGCAGCAGCAGCAGGCGCAGGCGGCCGCGGCCGCGCAGGCAUAGGCAGGAGGCGGGGGCGGAGUAUGUGGUUCGGAGUGAGAGUAGUGGCUAGUAUGAUAAUGACAUCUGUGCAUCUGUGUAGCUGUGCGCCGUGUGGGUG